AUGACUGGAUUAAAUAAUGACAACCUGGCAAGAAAAAAAAGGAUUAAGCGCAAAAGGAAAACGACUUUACUUAGAAUUGGAUGCUGGAAUGUAACAUCAUUUAAUAAUAAAGACCAAGAAAUUUUACUCGAAAUAAAAGGACACAAAUUAGAUAUAUGCGCCCUUUCGGAGACUAAAAAGAAGGGCAAAGGCAACAGCAAAUAUGGAAACUACAUUCUAAUAUACAGCGGCAAGAAUAAAAAUGAAAGAGCAACAUCAGGUGUUGGCUUACUGCUACAUGAAAGCUACGAGAACCAAAUCAGCAAUAUAAUAUACGUUAACGACAGAAUACUUCAGGUAACGAUCAACCUACAAAAAUCAAGACCAACGCAUAUAAUAAGUAUCUACGCACCCGACAGCAGCAAAACACAGGCGGAUAUAGAUAUAUUCUAUCAGACAUUACAAACAGUCUUAGACGGUAUACCCAAUCAUGAUGAAAUAAUAAUCUUAGGGGAUUUUAAUGCAAGAAUUGGCGAUGAACUUAUUCCCGGUAUCAAAAAUCGAUUUAACGCAGAAACAAUCAAUGAGAGUGGUGAAAAAAUGAUACAGCUAUGCAUACUCAAUGAACUUAGAAUUAAUAACACCUUCUACCCACAUAAACCACAACAUAAAUAUACAUUCGAAAAUACACGAGGACAUAAAUCAACUAUAGAUUAUAUAAUUACAAAUAAAAAUAUCCAUCCGACAAGAAUACAGGACACUAGAUCUCUAACUUCUGCAAAUGCAGGAACAAACCACCAGCUUGUAAUGGCAAAAAUGCGAACAACUAUUCAACCUAUCAAAGAAGUAAGCAAAUUGAAUAUAGAAUCCCUAUCAGACGAGUCGACAAACUGCCUUUAUCAACAAAGGCUCAGAGAGAAAAUUGCUGCUAAUAAUAUACAAGAGACAGAUGACAUCGAAACAGCAUGGACAAAACUUAGAACUAAUAUAUUACAAGCAGCAGAAGAAGCCCGUGGAAGAAGGACUAUAAAAAAAGGGGGAAGAAUAAAUACAAAAUCAUGA